GUUUGUGGCAGUUGCCUCCUGCCAGGGAAUUUCAGCGGGACAGUUUUCCCAGACGGUUGAACGAGCAGGGGAGCGCUAAACUGACAAGGAAUUGGUGUUUGCAAAGGCCCAGAACAUGUGGGGAUUUUUUUGUUUGUCACCCUGCUUGGGAGGAUGGGAGCUUUUGUCUUCCCUGAUAGAGGUACAGUUGCUGCCAAGGAAAACAUACCUGAGGACCAAUAGUGACGCAGGCUUCCCUUUGCUUCCUUUCUUCUUCCCUCACUGCUCCAUAGCUCCCUCGUGCCAGAACCUCGCUGCUGCCUCACCUGAGGUUUCAGAGUUCUCUCCAGGCCCUUCCAGUACAAGUGCAGGCACUCAGGAGCGUGAGGCUUCCCCAGCACCUCCCAAGAAAGUGUUUGUCACCUCUGAACUUCUUGGGGUGUCAUCAGAGGUGCCAGGCAAGCGCCAAGUUCAACGCCAGCCUGAGCUCAUCAUUCCACCAGUUCCUGGAGACCAUCAGAGCACUUCCGUGGCUCUUCCAGAGAGCAGCAGCUGCACUUCAGAGCAGCACACCCCAGCCUGCAGCCCAUCAGCCAAACCAGGCCAUCCAGCCCCCAGUGCUCCACCUGGCAGUGCUGGCUGGGCAGCAUGGACGGCCUCCAGCUGGGCAUGGAAUACUCCUGGGGAGGAGGAAUUGCCACCGCUGGAUCUGGACCUUGUGCUUGAGACGCUGGAGGAGAUGCUUUCGUCCUCCCUGCCUGAGAGGUCUCCCUUGGAUCAGGACAAUCUUAGUGUAGCCCCUGAGUCUUCAGGAGGGGAGGCUGUGAGGAAGGCUGCAGCAGAGGGAGCUUUGACUGUCACCGAGAGCUGCAGGAGCAGUUCCCUGGAACCUGAGGAGCCUGAUAUCCAUCUGGUCUACCUCUCCAGGAGGGCUGCCUUGCGUGGGGAGAAGAGACCGAGGGAGAGCCUGUGACCAUCUGACAGGUGCAAUCCAUCUGUUUAUAGAUAGCCUUAUAGAUUUCCAUAGUUAGAUUUAUAUAUCAUGUAGUUACAUUUUUAGAUUUACAGAGCUGUGUUUAUAUGUGCAUAUAUUUAUAGAUCUGUAUAGUUAAAUUUGUAUCUGUAGUUAUAUAGAUGAUAAAAUUAUAUUUAUGUAGAUGUAUUUACAUUUUUAGAUGUGCAUAUCUACAUUUAUAUAGAGUAUAUAUAUAUACAUAUAUAGAGUAGAGUAAUAUAUAUACAUAUAUAGAGUUUUAUUUAUAAAUGUGCAUAGUAAUUUAGCUAGAGGUAGAUGGAUGUUUGGAUCCACAGAUUAAUGUUUAUAUAGGCCUAGACUUGCAUUUUAAGCUUUUUCCUGCCUCGGCUGCCUUUUUCAUCUUGUUUUUCCCCCUCUGUCCCCUCUUCCUGUGCUGGCUCCGAGCUGGCGGCCGGGCCGGGCGGAGCAGCAGCUGCAGCCCCGGUGUCCCUGGAGCGGUGGGAGCUGCCGGUGGCCGCAGGCACUGUGCCCUGAGGAGCUGCUGGAGGACGGUGAGCCAGAGGGGGCUGGGGAGAGGUGACACUGAAGGGACGGUGACUUUGAGCUGCCCUGAGGUCCUUGAGAAGAGCCGGAGAGUGACCGGAGCCAGCAGGGAGAAGCUGAAGGCCGCCAGCAAGAGCAGUGAACGGGGACCUGCUGCUGCCGCCCGAGACCCUGGGUGUCCCAUCUGCUGUCCCCGUCCAGGAGAGCUGCUCUGCACGGGAGGAAGCGACAGAGGGAGAGGCUUUGAAGAUGGGGCGGCUGGAAUCCCUCUGCUUAUAGUUCUGCUUAUAGAUGAAUGGAGCUGCAUGUAGAGCGUGAUAAUUAUAUUGAUAUUUACGUAUGUGCUAUUUGCACAGGUAUAUUUCCAUGUGUAUGUUGUUACAUGAAUGGAUGUAGUAUGUAUACAUGCAUGUGUAGAUAUAUACAUACAUGUUUCUCGUUACAUGUAUGUGUAUAUAUGUAUCUAAGUAUAUAUGUAUGUUGUUAUAUCUCUGUCCAGUUCUAUUUCCUGUUUAUACAGUUAUCUAGGUAUCUAUUUCUAGUGAUGUUGUUGUAGGUAUUUGUCUCUUUAAAUAGGUGCAUUGGUAUUUGUAUCGGUAUAUAUGUCUGGUUUUAUAUUUUUAUAUGCAUAUUGAUCUAUUUCUGUAAUUAUAUUUACACGUGUCGAGAUGUUUAGCUGUAUAUUUGUAUAGAUGCAGUUGUUUUAUCUAUCUAUUUAUGUAUGUAUUGUAGGUAAUAUGAGUAUUUAUAUUUACAUCUGUGUAUUGUGGUGGUUAUAUAUGUAUUUAUUUCUAUUUAAAUAUAGAUGGAGUGGUAUAGUUGUGUAAUUCUAUUUAUUCAGUUCUUGCUAUAGGGCUAUUUAGAGAGAGAUGUUGAUAUUUUAGUGUUUCUAUAUGGGCUGUACAGUUAUAGUAACAUGGAAUAAAUUAAGUUGUUAAACUUCAGUUGAUCUUUGUGUAUAGUGAGUUGUUGUAGAGGUUGGCAAUAAAUUAAUUUUUGUUCCUGGAAGUUGAUGUUUGUAUAUUUUUCCGUAGCAUUGUUGUAAUAACCGAAUAAAUUACAGUUUUGUAUCUUAACUGAGAUCUGUACAGUUAUCUAUUGUCAGCGCGGGUGUAGCAAUUUGUAAUAAAUUACAUUUUUCAACUGAAA